CAACAUCAAAAAGACUCCACAUUCAGUGAAGAAGUACAUCAUCCUCUCCUUUCUUUGUCUUCUCCUGCUGUUUAUUUACACUGGAUACUUGAGUGGAUCCCAGGCUUUAACAACCAUGAGUCACACCAUCUUCUGGAACCAUAGCCAUAGUGGCAGCAGUGGCAGCAGCAACAGCAGCAGCAGCAGCAGCAGCAGCAACAACAGCAGCAACAACAGCAGCAUCAGAAAUGUGACCAUCUUGCUGUGGUACUGGCCCUUUGGCCAUGUAACGUCCCUGCAGGGUGACGUGUGCUGGGACCUCUACCACAUCCCUCGCUGUAGACUGGUGGACCAGCACUCCAUGUUCUCAUCAGCUGAUGUGGUGGUCUUCCACAACAGAGAGCUGAUUCAGGGCGUCCAGAAGUUGCCCUUAGACCUUCCGCGGCCCCAGGGCCAGAGGUGGGCCUGGUUGUCCCUUGAGUCACCUGCUAACAAUGGAAACUUGCAGCAGUAUGCAAAUAUCUUCAACAUGACCAUGACCUACAGAAGGGAUGCUGAUAUCAUUUUGCCCUAUGGCAUGCUGGUACCUCAGGAGACUGAGGAACAACUGGUAGAAGAUGUCACUCAGAACAAGAGCUCUCUUGUCUGUUGGGUGGUCAGUAACUAUCAGAAACACCACAGGAGAAGCCAAGUGUACCGUGAGCUCCUCUCUGUGGUUCCUGUGAAGGUUUAUGGAAAAUGGACAAACACAAAUCUCCCCAGCAGUGACCUCUUACCUGCAAUCUCACGCUGCUACUUCUAUUUGGCCUUUGAGAACUCUGUUGCCAAAGAUUAUAUCACAGAGAAGCUGUGGUGGAACGCUUAUCAAGGAGGGGCGGUACCUGUUGUCCUGGGUCCAUCAGUGAGCGACUAUAAAGCUGUGGCUCCGCCUAAUUCUUUCAUCCACGUUGAUGACUUUGCAUCCGUAAAAGAUUUGGGCAGGUACCUGGUCGAGCUGGCAAAGGACAAGAAACGCUACAGUGAAUAUUUCACCUGGAGACAGCACUGGAAAGUGAAACGGUUGGUAGAAUGGAGAGAGAGACUGUGUAAAAUCUGCGUGCACUAUGACAGUUUACCUCAGCAUAGCGUUUACAGUAAUCUCAUGGCCUGGGUCAAUGCUAACAACUCUUGAGCUAACUAACUGUGAUUUAAACCACAUGUAUGUGGUCAUCAAAACCUGGAUUCCCCCCCCC